UCCGUGUCCACGUCCUAAGAAGAAGUAAAAUCGGCCUGGAUGUGUCGGGCGUUAAGGGCGAAGGGCCCGACGCGUGCGGUCCGCUCAUAAUCAGGGUCGAGUUGGCCCAAACCGAGUUCCAACUCGCAGUUCCGCGCAGUCUGCUCCGGGCGUCUGUUGUGAGAGGAGUCGCCACAACUCCGGUUCGCAGUCGCGCGUGCUAGUGCUCGCCGCUCUGUGCUAUCACCGGAAGAACCCAUGCUCCGGGACACCUAAGGGUGGCGUGGGGUCGACUGCAGCUGUCUAAGACGAAGUUAAUUUAAUUUGGAGGAGCCGCUGGAGGGAAGGUGUCGCCACCAUGAGAUGUUCCCAGCGUCUGAUCGUCCUGCUAAUUGCGACGUCGUUGUGCGUGUCCGCGGCGUCGAACACCUGGAAAAAAAAGGACAAGAAGACGAAAGCACAAAGGGAGGCGAAUCUGUGCACGAUGGAGGGAAACGCCGCCGCCUUGCAUUGCGUCUGUGUGGGCGGCGCGCCGCCCGUCAACACCACGAGCGCUGAAUGCUGGAUCUUCACCGGGGUCUCCAAAGAUCACAGCAUAUGGUCGCUGUUCGCGACCCAGCCCCACAUCAACCAGCUCAAGAUCUUGGUCAGGCCGCAGGGACUUUUCACCUUCAUACCGACGAAAGGUCUGCGCCACCUCUACCACCUCAAGGAGCUGCAGAUAACGUACGCCAACAUCAACGAGAUCCAUCCGUACGCGUUCGCCAACAGCUCCUCGCUGAGGGAACUCACCCUGGCGAGGAACCAGAUCGUCACCCUGGACCACCACGCCUUCGCGCACCUCACCAACCUGACGGACCUCUCGCUGGAGGAGAACAGGAUAGCGGAGAUCAAGAGGGACGUGUUCGUGGAUUUACCUAAGUUGCAAAAGCUAUUCGCCGCCCAUAACAACUUGAGCGUCAUCCAGGAAGGCGCCUUCAGGCAGCUGGCCCACCUCCUCGAGCUGGAGCUCGACACCAACUACAUCAGCGUGCUGACCCGGGACACCUUCACCGGUCUCGGCGAACUCAAGAAGCUCGACCUCAGCUACAACAAGAUCCGGAUGCUCGGCGACCUGACUUUCUCCGAGCUGUGGGUGCUGGAGGAACUCAAUCUGGAGCAUAAUCAGAUAGAAUUAAUAGCGAAUCGUGCUUUCGCCGGACUCAACCAUCUGAGGAAGCUCACUCUGAGCCACAACCGGCUGGCGGUGUUGUCGGGUGGGCUUCUGGGAGGCGUUCCCACUAUUAUCCAUCUAGAUCUACGCUCUAACAACCUUGAAACCAUCACGUACGACAGCGUUCAGCCCAUCAUUCAUAAUUUGAGAAAUGAGAGCAGCUACUUCUACAUUGCAGAUAACAAAUUCGUCUGCGACUGUCGUCUGGCCUGGCUGCACACCCUCCGCAACGAGACGAAGAACCCGCUGAUCCGAAACACCCUCGACGAGAUCACUUGCUACAUGGAAUCCGCAGGUCAGAGCCCGGUCCGGGGCACCGCCGCCGCCCCCAGCGCCGCCCCGCGCACCGUCUCCGGCCCAUUUCCCGCCGACAACGAGGACUACUACGAGCCCGUCGAGUACGACAACGACAUCUACGACCAGCAGCAGGACAGCUCGUUGAACUACGUCACGUCGUCCGGGCCGAGGGACCCCAGGAAGCGCCACCUCUUCGAGAUACCGCCACAGGAGCUGCCGUGCCCCCAGCCGGAGCAGCCGACCAUCGCGCCCAGGACGCAGGUGCCCACGCCGGGCUUCGUCGGGGUGAGCGCCAGCGGGGCCGAGGGGCUGCUGGCGCCGGCCAUCUUGCUGGUGGCGGCCAUGUUGGUGACGUAAAGCAGCGAGGCGGGAGAUCAAGUGUGGCUGUGGACAGGCAGUGCGUUGCGGUGUGAGUCUGAGAAUGUGCCGAUUGCUCUAAGACUGCUCUACUCUACACAACCAUUGUAACCUUCCGGUCACCGUCACGUCGCAUAUCGUUACUGUAGCUCAAUUCCCUCAAAACGACGUAUUUUUUUAGGGCAACUUUCGUGGUGGCACCUUGCUGGGUCGGGGCCGAGGCAAACUAAAUUAGUUAAGCUCCGAAAUUUACAAAAUCGAUGAAAAAUUUUCAAUUAAUUUUCAAAAGUUUUCAAAAAUUUACAAUCUCAUUAAUAUUAAUAAUAUGAAACUAACAAAUUUAUCUGUCCAACGCUACACAACCAAUAACAAGGCAAAUUAAGCAUGAAUUCAUUACAUUUAUUAACAUGAACGGAUAAAUAAAAUUUUGAUCAGGAACAAACAAACAUGUUAUUUGUUCAACAGCAUAUAACCAAUAACUGGCCUAAUUAAACAUAAAUAUUAACCUCAACGUACUGACAGUUACAGAGUUUGGCGCCAAAUUUUUAAUUACAUCUGCUUUUUUUCCUGAAUCUAAACAAAUUUCAUAAACUUUGUAAUUACCUUUUGUGCUAAAAUUUGAAGAGCUUUAACCACAAAAUUCUUCGAAAAAUUUGACUUUGCUGGAGGUUUUUGGAGUUUUAUAAGCGAAUCGAUAUGCUUAUUAGUGUUAUAGUGGUGUGUGCCCUCAAAAGAAAUACAGUUUUAUAAGUCUCAAGAACCCCAUGUACAAUUAAUUUGACUUAAAUUCAGUUACCUUUUUCUUAUUCGAGUUCUGUUGAGCUAUUGAGCUUUUAUUAUAAUACAAAAUACUUUUUGGGAUUUUUUUUUUGUGUAGUGUUAAGCGCGUCGGCCCCGGCCCCCAGCACUUGGCGUCCAUCUGUUGCCGGGGAUCCCCUGGAGUUCAGAGAUUACAGCUAUGUUCCAUUGUUGUACAUAUAAGUGUAAUAAAAUGGCUGUUUAAUAUCACGAUUUUAAAAUAGUUCUGGAUGUAAUACUCACAAGAAAGUUGAGAUUUAGUUUAGACUAUGACCUGACUUAGAACAUAUUUUGUAAAUUAUUGAGAAAACCUAGUCUUUAAGUGUAUUUUUAAAUAUGUCGAUUCGCACUGAUGUAACUAAUGCCAUUAAUUUAUAAGCAACUAUUUUGAGAUAUUAAAGAUAAGUGUAAUUAUAACGUAAAAUGUAAUGUUAAUCCGUUGUACUUUGUAUUUGUAACAAGGCACCUGACUCGACGUGCGCCAUACAGGGGAUUGCGGUGGAAAAAGCGUCGCGUCCGACCCUGUAUGGCCGAAGAGGUUGCGGAAUGAGCGAUAAUUGACGAAACAGGUGGCGAAUCUGGUUAAAUAUUAACGAGAGACCUGUGGCUCCGGAUUCUCCACGCGACGGCUAUAUUUUUCGGUUCGAGGGGCCUCCGGGCGAGCAACAUUUUCGUACUUAAUUCGAUUUGUGUUAAACAAGACGUCCUCUCUCUGCACAUAACAUGUAUUUUAAAAAUUUGUACGUAUGUGUUGACUGUGUAUUUCGCUUAUUCUGAUCUAUACUAAUAAGAUGUCUUUUCCCCUUUGAUUUCUGUAAAUACCUUUCAUGUGAUUUUCAUUAAAAAUAAAAGUGGAAACGAG